GAAAAUGCGUGUAAAUAUGGCGGACGAUGGCGAGUCGCUGGAGUCGUGGCUCAACAAAGCAACUAACCCUUCUAACAGACAGGAAGACUGGGAGUAUAUUAUGGGAUUCUGUGACCAAGUCAAUAAGGAGUUAGAAGGUCCACAAAUAUCUGUUCGACUUUUGGCUCAUAAGGUUCAGUCUCCCCAGGAAUGGGAGGCGAUGCAAGCAUUGACGGUUCUUGAGGCUUGCAUGAGGAACUGUGGACGAAGGUUCCACAAUGAAAUUGGAAAGUUUAGGUUUCUAAAUGAACUGAUUAAAGUAGUAUCACCAAGAUACCUUGGCGACAAAGUACCAGAGAAGGUAAAGACAAAAGUGAUCGAGAUGCUGUACACUUGGUCAGUGUCUCUGCCUGAUGAGACAAAGAUCUGUGAAGCAUAUCAGAUGCUAAAGAAUCAAGGUAUUAUUUCAGUUGACCCAGAUGUUCCUCUUGAUGCCACACUAAGGUCAUCACCUGCGCAGCCCAGGAAUCCCGUAUUUGAUGAUGAGAGGAAGAGCAAGAGAUUAGCAGAGUUACUAAGGAGCAAAAAGCCUGAAGAUUUGCAGGAGGCCAAUCGGCUCAUCAAGAACAUGGUCAAAGAGGAUGAGGUGCGAACACAGAAGGCUACAAAGCAGAAAAGCACACUGGAGGAAGUAAAUAACCGUGUUAAACUCCUUAAUGAGAUGCUCGCUCAUUUCAGCCCUGACCACUCCACAGACGGAGACAGGGAGCUCAUUAAGGAGUUGUAUGGUGAUUCUGAAAAUCUGAGGCGAACAGUAGUUCAGCUCGCUACUGACACUGAGGAUAAUGACAGCAACCUUGGAGACAUCCUGCAGGCCAGUGAUGACCUCUCCAACGUUAUUACUCGCUAUAAGAAGAUUGUAGGACAGACCAUCAAUGGACACACUGAAGAAGCACAACCAUCAGACAAAAAGAGCACCAAUGAAAAAAGUAACACAGAAGAGUCAGAGAUUCUGAUUGAUUUGGUGGACUUGGAUGUUCAGAGUCCCUCUCCAGCAGCACAACUCCCAGCAUCCUCUCCUUCUGUUCCUGAAGAUCUUCUGUGUGGUUGUGCUUCCACUGAGCGUCCGUUUCCCUCUGCAGCUCUCUCUCUGCUUGAUGAGGAGCUGCUGUCUUUAGGCAUCAACGAACCAGAUUUUGUUCAAAUUAAAUCUUCACCACCAAAACAAGAAAAUGUGAGCAAUCAGGAUUCCAGUCAGAAUUUAGACCUUCUCAACACAUUGUCUUCAGUUCCUGCAUUUUGCGCAUCUCCACUUUUAACUGAUGUUGCUUUUGGAUCGGUUGCCUCCAUUAAGUCUGCUAACAUGGCCUCUGCUGUAAGCGUUUCCAUCCCUCCGUUCUCCACACCUGUUUCCACAGCGUCUGUGUCUUCUUCAUCGGUCAUUGUCCCCAAGCUGUGGCUCAGUACGGCCUCGACCCACAUGGCCCCGGUGGCUCCAUCUCUGGUAUUUGGUGAGGCAUCAUCCUUGCCAUCCUGUGCGUCACCUUCAGCAAAACCCAUCGUCUCACAGCAAGUCUCCUGUGGAGCUUCUCAGUCGGCUUCGCCAUCAAUCAUUUGCGAUCUCCAGGACCUAGACAUGCUGGACCUGGGCGGUCCUACAAAUGUCAGUGUGGCCUCCUCCACAUCAGUGCCUCUGCUGGGAGUGAUGUCGCAAGACUCCACUGCACCGCCUGCUGUUGAUUUGAUAGGUGACACCCAUCUGUUGGGGUCUCUGUCACCUGUACUCCCUGUGAGUCAGAUGCUUACACCGAAAGGACAAGAGCUGUCCCUUACCAAUGUCUUUGUCCCUCUGAGUACCAUUAAGCCGAGUGAACUGUGUCCUGUGACGGCAUACGACAAAAACGGAGUUCGUGUUUUGUUGCACUUUGCCACUGACAGUCCACCGGGCAGACCUGAUGUUCUGGUGAUGGUGGCGUCCAUGCUGAACACGUCCCCUCUCCCUGUCAGGAACCUCACUCUGCAGGCUGCAGUGCCAAAAACAAUGAAGGUGAGACUGCAGUCGCCCUCGGGGACGGAGCUGGCUCCUUUUAACCCAGUCCUUCCUCCUGCUGCCGUCACUCAAGUCAUACUGUUGGCCAAUCCUCUCAAGGAAAAGGUUCGGAUGAAAUACAAACUGAUAUUCGUGCUGGGAGAGCAGCCUCACACUGAAGUGGGGGAGGUGGAUGAUUUCCCACCUACUGACAGAUGGGGGGCACUAUAGCCUAUUUGCCCCUUUAGUACCCUGGCAGACUGCAUUUUUUUUUUUUUUUUUUUUCUUUUGAAGGUUUUUCUUUUUGGGAAGUUUGCCAGUGCAGCUAAAGGACCAAUAACAAACACAACAUCGUAAGGCUUUAGGGGAAUUUACUGACUAUUGUGAGGGUUUGUGGACCCUUGAGGAUUUGUUUUUUCUUUUGCCUCAAGAUGUUCCAGCAAAUAGCUGGUUUAGACUAACAACUGCCCCCUCAUCCAAUUAUAACUGAUUGUAGGAUAGGAAAUGAUGUCGGAUAAGCUCCAGGAAAUGAUGUCUUACAUCCCGUGGAUAUAGACUAAUAUUGUUUGGACCUCACCCUGUAAAACAAAAAUCUGAGUCAUGCAUUAAUAUCUCACUUCACUGUCCAACAUAGAGCCCAUAUUAGUGAAAUAAAGGUUAUGUAAGGCAAAUCAGGUCUGGGAGGAGUAACGAUGUCCCACAUUUGACCACCAUCGUACUGCUUGUUGUAAAAGGUAUUUCAACAAACAUUUUAUCUUUAUUAAAAGAAUAUAUUAAAUAAUAUUAAACAUAUAGAUGGGCCCAUUUAUGGAUGUUAGAUCACAACAAAGUGCAACAAGCACCAAUGAAACUGCAGGAUAUGAAUCCAUAUUUGGAUAGUCAACUACAAAUCAAACUGCAUUUAUGGACAGUCACUUUAAAGGCCACGCCUGCACUGAAGAUUUACAGGUACAUCUAAAAAAAAAUAAUUUUUUUUUAAAUUACACUAUCAAGAAAAAGCUCUGUUUUGGAAGAUGUUUCAGAAAGUGCAAAUAUUAUAUACCAUAUUGUAGAUUCAUUACUUCUAAACUAAAACAAUUCAAACAUUUUUUUUAUUUUAAGUUUGGCCAUUGUAAAACAUAAUUAAGGACUAAAUAUGUAGAUUUGGAUCAUCACCAAAAUAUUAAUACCCCCCCUCACCCCCAUUUUAACAACCAAUAUUCUCACUGGUCCACUGGUUUCUGACUGAAUCCUGGUCACAAACUUUUGUUACAUAGUAACAUUUGCUUCAAGUAGUGACCUGAUUCUGGGUUCUGUAGCCACACAUUUAUUUGUACAGAAGUAUUGGAAUAAUAGAGCAAAACACAUUGAAGGAGAGAUUCAAGCCAAGGCUACAAACAUAGGUCACCACACGACUUUCUGCUGACUAUUAUUUCUUUUUGUGCUGUUGACAGACAAGAGUCUGUUACUGCCUCUUCAGAGUAUUCAAAAUUACUGCUGAAUACUUGUCUUCGAAGUUCUAAUCAGGGUCUGAGGUUACAGUGUUGUUGCUUGCAAUAUUUUGCUAUUUAAUAUUUUAAAUGUUUUUACUUUUUUGUGAAUGUAUGAUUUAUUUUGGUUUGUGGAUGAAGGAAUCACAUCUGGUAGCUUUCUGUAUGGCGUUUCAGUUUACGGUUGCAUACUUGCACUGCAGUUAAAUGUCAGCAGUGGCCCAUCAAAGUAACUUUGUUACAACAUUGAAACUGAUUUUUCUAAUGAUAAAUUGUGUAUCAUUGGUGGGAUGUAGUCCAAUAUGCUGUGGAAUACAUAAAUGUUUGACUUUCAGGGUUGAUUUUAAUCUUUAUUCCAUUUCCUUAAUAGUGGUUCCCAUGCUGUCCUCGUUUACCCCUCAACUUCAUGUUUCCA